GUAGGCGCUUACGCUGCAUACAGCCCCGACGAUCGGCGCUGAUCGUGUCGUCCGUUGAUAGGCUCUUGGCCCUUGGAGUACCGUACUACGCUCCAAGCAAAGUAGCGCCAACAGCAGGGAAGAAGCAACAGCGUCAAGCAUCGCAUGGUGGCUCCGCCUCCUCUUUGGCACCGACGGGAGCUGCGGGCGACACAUCAGCAGACACAUCCAGUAGCAUGGUCUACGUACUUCCUCGAGACGAGGACGAAGGCGAAGCCGGACAUCCAACGAUGGAUUCAGACGGAUGGCGGGCGAGCUUUGAUUCGUCGCUGGCCAAUGGAAGCGCUGUGCAACGAGAAGAGGGGAGGGAUGAUGACGAGGUUCACAUCUGGUCUGUAGACAGCUCCACCACCAGCAACGGAAAACCGUCAGAUGGCUGGCAUGUAGCGGAAAGCAAGCGCAGCAAACGAACGCGAGGAGCAAAAGCCGCUGCGAUUGACCAUUCAACCAUCAGCGAACGCCAAUCCCCCGUCGUCAGCCCCGGCCCUCGCCUCGACGACUCUCUCGUCGACCUAGGUCCCUCCUCCGGCCGGCGAAGCAGCAGCGGCAGUGGGAGCACCACUGGGGGUGGGCAUGAAUCCUCCGUGGCCACAUCAGCUGCGACGUCCACGAGCUCACGGUCAAGAGCGACGCAGACUACCCAGCCCUCCUCGGUAGGAGGCUCGAGGCUACUGGAGGAGUCGAUGUUUUCUGAGCUGGCAAUCGAUGAUGCUGGUGAUGGGUUGGAUGCAGAGCAAGCGCCAAAAAGGAACAAAUACAAGAGCAAGAAGAAGCGUGACCGUAAGCGCGCUGCAAAAUGCAGAGAAGUCGAUACCCACAAGAUUGCGAACGACAGUCACAAUAACCUCAACCAUGCCUCAUCCUCCUCUGCGUCCCUCUUCGCCCUCGAAACAACGUACGACUCCUCCCUCCCCGCACACCGCGACGAGCGUCAAGUAGACCUAGACGUGCGUCGCAGCUUCGUCAGCCUCCCCGAUACACCCUACCGCCGAGCGAGGCGACGGCAGCUGCAAGACCUCAUUGUGGGCGUUCUCCGUCGAAGCCAAGGGCUGAGCUACUAUCAAGGGUACCACGACGUUGUGUCUAUCCUACUGGAGGUACUCGUGCCCAGUGUCGUCGAGCAAGCAGAGACACAUGAGAACCCCUGGGCAUCGGAACAAGAUUUCCGUACCACCCUCCUCGCCACACGUCGACUUACCCUUCUCUAUCUGCGAGACUUCAUGGCCCCCUCCCUCGAACCGUGUCUCGGCUGGCUCAAGACCCUUCGCAACAUUGUUCGCCGUGCCGAUGUCAUAUUCGCCCACGACGUGGUGGAGCGAGCGGGCGGCUUGCCUUACUUCGCGCUUAGCUGGCUCAUCACGCUGUUGAGCCACGAUGUGCCUGGCGCGCCGGAGUGUGAGGCCGGUAAGAGGGUGGUGGAUACCUUAUUGCUGGACGGGCCCGAGGCAAUGUUGUGGAUGCUGGCUGCGCUGGUACUGGAGGCCAAGUUGAAGCAGGACGGCGAGGAGGAAGAGGUGGAUGACCCAGAUAUGCUACACCACUCGCUCAGCAAGCUGCCCCUCCGACUGGAGGAUGAGGAAGUACUGCAACGUGUCUUGACAAGGGCGAGAGAGCUCAAGAAGGAGCAUGGCGACCCUUCGCCAUGGCAGGGAAUCAUGGGGCCAAAGUCAGUCCUGUCGACCUCGCCACUCUUGAAGGAAGAAGAUACCUCGCCGAAGGACUGGUCGACCUGCGAAGCUCAAGCAGAGGAGUGCCUGCCGUCACCUCCAUCGACGGACGACAAGGCCGCAAUCAAGAAGGCGGCCGCCGCUGCGAUGGAUGAUGUGGUUCUCGACCCCUAUCCGACCCCACCAGGCUCUGAAGCAGACUUCUACGAGGGUAAUGAUAUGACCGACUCGAAGAAGGGCAAGCGACCCCCUCGCCAUCUCACCUCUCGUGGUCUCCCCUCAACGUCAACCGCUCUCUUCCUCUUUGGCGGUGCAGCAGUCGUUGUGGUCGCCUCGGCGGCGGCUGUCAUCCUCUCUUCGUCCGGACCGGGCGGCGCUGGCGGAGGCAACAGCCUGGAGAGGGCAGCGAAGAUGCGCGUGCUCCUCAACGAUGCUGCGCAUCUGGGCAAAGGGCUGGCCAAGCUGGUGGCCAUGACUGCUGCUGGUGCUGCGGGCCGCGGAGGGGCGUGAAGAAGUAGAUGUGCAAUUUGACUGAUUCGCCGUCAUGACGACGUUGGUAUGAUACAAGUUUCGACCCUCCUUCCCCUUUUGUGCGUACUCGCUCAU